GAAAGCAACACUAGAAUCGAGCAAGUAGACUUGUCCUCGAGAGGCGGAGCCCGGUUGGUUCCAUUUGCUGAGGCGCGUUCGUAAUGAAAGGGAGCGCGUGAGUGGGCUUGCCUUGAGCUUCGUGGUGUCUGACUUACUCGCUUUUUAUUGUGUAGAGGAGGGCUGCACACGUUGUAACGGUACACCGAAAUCUUAGGUAGAAAUAAUAAUCUCCUGUUCGGAGAGAACAGAAAAAAACGAAUUCAGUGUUCUUUUCCGAAGUCUGUUAUUCACAGCCUUCGAAAAACAUGUCGGCAUCGGCGGCAAAAGUGAGUAAAAAGGAGCUGAACUCAAACUAUGACGGCGCGGACGAGACCUCCGAAAAAGAGCAACAGGAAGCUAUUGAACACAUUGAUGAAGUUCAAAACGAAAUUGACAGACUGAAUGAGCAGGCGAGUGAGGAGAUAUUGAAGGUAGAACAGAAAUACAACAAACUCCGUCAGCCAUUCUUUCAGAAGAGGUCAGAACUGAUCGCCAAAAUCCCCAACUUCUGGGUCACAACAUUCGUCAACCAUCCGCAAGUUUCUGCCCUUCUUGGUGAGGAAGAUGAGGAGGCACUUCACUAUCUGACCAGGGUGGAGGUUACAGAGUUUGAAGAUAUCAAGUCAGGCUACAGAAUAGAUUUUUAUUUUGAUGAAAACCCAUACUUUGAAAACAAAGUCCUUUCCAAAGAGUUCCACCUGAACGAGAGUGGAGACCCAUCAUCAAAGUCAACAGAAAUAAAAUGGAAAUCAGGAAAGGACCUGACAAAGCGCUCCAGCCAGACGCAGAAUAAAGCCGGCAAGAAGAGGCAGCAUGAAGAGCCAGAGAGCUUCUUCACCUGGUUCACUGAUCACUCAGAUGCUGGGGCAGAUGAGCUGGGCGAGGUCAUCAAGGAUGACAUCUGGCCAAACCCCCUGCAGUACUACCUGGUUCCUGACAUGGAUGAUGAGGAAGCAGAAGGUGAAGAUGAUGAUGACGAGGAAGGUCUUGAGGACAUUGAUGAGGAGGGUGAUGAAGAUGAUGGAGAGGAAGAUGAUGGAGAGGAAGAUGAUGGGGAGGAUGAUGAAGGAGAAGAUGACUAAACUGAAAAAUUACAUCUACCAAUACCCUUUCCUAUUUUCACCCAAUUUGGUUAUCCACCCAUAUUUGGGAGCAAGAUUUUGUAUUUUUAUUUUGUGCUUCGUCGUCUCAUUCUGAAGCCUCACUCCUGUCUGUGCCAUGUUAAGUUUCUUUGUCUCAUCUAAAAACCAAUGGCAAAUUCCUGCCUUGAAUUGUAUGUACCACCCCAAUUCCCAAAUUCAUCUGAAGAAAAAUAAAAACUUACAAAAAAAUAGAAUCAGCAUGCCAUCUUGAGUAGAAUUAAAUAGCAAUUUAUAUAUAUAAUUUUCUUGCAGUUAAAGGUUGUGAUAAAUGAAUAAAAGCCAUGGUGCAGUGACCUAGCGCUAGCAGACCCCCUCUAUAGUUUUUAUAAUUUUGUUCAGUUGGCGAGUAGAUCCCUGCAAAUAAUGCCACCCCCCCUUAUGUGGUUAAAAGUUAACAGAAAAUACCAGCUUAUUCCCAUCACUUGUAAUGUUUGGGGUCAAUGCUGGGGUAGGGUAAAGGGAUAUCUUGGGGUGCUGAGGUGGGUGGGCAUUUUGACACCAUUACUAUAUCUUUUUUUUUAUUGUUUUACAGACAUCCAUGAGAUGUGAAAGUACAUUUUUAAUAAACAAAACAAAACUUUAAAAAAAUGCUUGUAAAUUUGGGCCCCCCACUGCUUCAUGGAAAACAACCUGUUAUCUCAUGGAAUUUACAUCUAAUCACUGUUUUAUUUUCCGCUGGGGGGAAAUAAUCAUCUGUUUUAAACUUAAAGGUGUACAACUUGUUUUGUUACAAUAAAACUUAAUGUGUACACAAA